UAAGUUCAAUCGAUAUUUCUCCACCUCUAAUACGCGACGCCGAGGAAAAUUUCCAGAAUUUGAGGACGCAGCUAUAGUGCAAAAUAGUGCAAAUAGUUACUAAAUUUAAGUGAAACGUGUAAAUAGAAGCAUACUGGUCGCGUCUAGUGUGAAGGGUCUAUGAAAAACGAGUGGAAAGUACGUGAAAACAAGCAAAAACGCAAACGCAAUAAAGGCCAGGUGUAAGUGUGUGCGUACGAGUGUUUCUCUUUUCCUUCGCCUAAAGUGGAGCGCACUCAAUUAUUUGUGGAUGGCUCUCCACAACAACAAAGUCUCGAGAUCAAAAAAAACAAAUGCAAAAAAUGUUGAGGCAACGAAAGGCGAAAGAACAAUAACGAAGGCGAAAGCGAGACAAUGUAAUAUAAAAGAAAUUAACGCAUUAAACAGAGUACAAGCACAGCAGUUGCAAUUGCAUUGGAAAUUAAAAUUCGUGCGACAGAAGCGGACGACGUUGUAAAAAUACGUGACAAAUCGCUUACACAGACACAGCCACACAUACACAUACACACACAUUCACACUCCCCCACCACAUAGCAAUCACACACAUAAGCGAAAGAGAGACUGAAAGAGGGAGAUAGAUAGGGAAGGAAAGAAAGAAAAAGAGGCGAACGUGAAUUAACAAACAAACAAGAAAUAUUUUCGCAAAAAAGACAAACACAAAAAUCCAAUAAAGUGUAUUACAUAAAUAAACACAGCGCCAGCGACCCCAAAAUAUUAUGGAAAUAACUGCUGCCUCAGUCUCUGCCUCAGCCAGCGUCAGCGUCAGCGGCAAGGAGAACGAUAACGUCAACAAUCUGACGCUACUCGCCUCGCUGACGUUACAAAAAGUGCUGAAUAUCAAAAGCAACAACAGCGAUACUCAAAUACAACAGAAACAGCAGCUACAGCAGCAGCAGCAGCUACGACAAAGCCUCAAUAUAAGCGAUAAUAACGUAUUGAACGAACUGCUUAAAAAUGGAGCUGUAUUCACAAAAUCCGUUACCACACCCACAGCGCCCAUUGCCAUUGAAAGAAAGAGGCAGCCCCAGCAGCAGCAGCCCCAACAACAAAAACAUCAGAAUAGCGCACAGAAACAACGACUCAACUCAUCCAUAUCAUCGACCAACUCAUCCACAUCCACAAACUCCUCGUACGGCAGCUCGUCAGAUGAUGCAGCUGCAGCUGCAACAACGGCCACAACACUUGCAACACCAAGGACAACAACAGCAACAAGAACGGCAACCACCACGAAGGCGUCCAGCAUUAAAUUGCCAGAGAAAUCGAAAAUUCCGUCCGAUAUACUCGAUGAUCUGGCCAGCCGUUUCAUCAUCAACGUACCGGACAUGGAGCUGAACAAUCUAAUCCGAAUCUGUUUCCAAAUCGAGCUGGCCCAUUGGUUCUACUUGGACUUCUUCUGUGCCCCGGCAGCUAGUGACGAUGCCGAGUCCCAGAAGCAGACCCAGAUCGCUCGGAAGCUGCCGGUUGUGGGCAUUAAGCAGUUCGCGAUGCAGUUGUUCCAACACAUUCCCUUCCUGAACAAGCACUUUGGCACUGUGGACAAGAUCCUGGACGAGUGGAAGAACUACAAGAUGUCGGUGCCCACAUAUGGCGCUAUUCUGGUUUCCGAGGAUCACAAUCAUUGUUUGCUAGUGCAGUCCUAUUUCGCCCGAAACUCCUGGGGCUUUCCCAAAGGCAAGAUCAACGAGAACGAGGAUCCAGCCCACUGUGCCACAAGAGAGGUUUAUGAAGAGACCGGGUUCGACAUCACAGACAUCAUUGACGCCAACGACUACAUCGAGGCCUUCAUCAACUACCAGUACACUCGUCUAUACAUCGUGCGGAACAUACCGCUGGACACGCAGUUUGCGCCCCGCACCCGGAAUGAGAUUAGGUGCUGCGAGUGGUUCCGAAUCGAUUCAUUGCCGGUGAACAAGAACGAUGCCAUAUCGAAGGCCAAGCUGGGAAAGAACGCCAACUCCUUCUUCAUGAUCAUACCGUUCGUGAAGCGCCUCAAGAAGUGGGUCAACGAGAGGAAGGCCGGAAUCGAACCGCGUCGCCGCAAGUGCUCCGGUCAGCAGUCCCCAAAGGCGGCUUCGCCCACAAACAUCAACGGGAGUGGCAAGAAGGAUUUGGCCGCGGGGCGGAAUGCAUCGAGGCGCCAGCGGCACAAGUCCAUGGGCGACUUGGAUGGCGUCAAGUUGAACAAUCUCAAUGGCAAGCCGGCCGGUCCAGGAUCAGCUGCUCCUGCUCCGGCGGCUGCGGCUAUAAAAGCCAUGAACAUCUGCAAUAGCAAUGGGAAGCGCAAUAAACCGAAUGGGGCUGCGGGCAGCAAUCAGUCGACGCCAGUCACCACACUAGUGGCUGCAAAGGGAGGAGGAGCGGGAGCCACUGUCUCCUCAAAGCGUCAGUUAUUCCACAGUCAAUCGCAAAACGAUGCACAGCAGCCAGUAAGCAAUGACAAGCAGAUUGUUAGUUCUUUCGAUUUGAUACGCAUUGAGGAGCUGCAACUGAACGCAGCUAAGGUCCAGCAGCAGCAACGAUCACGCAACAUGUCCCAAAGCGAGAAUCAGCAGCCGGUUAUCAAGCAGAACAUGGGACAUCAGCCAACAACAGGCGUAGACUUGAUAGCCAUGCUAUCCGCCGCAGCGGCAGCUCAGAGGACACCACAGACCGAGCAGCCGCAGCCACAGCAACAACGUCCGCGGCCAGCUUCGGUGUCGCUGAACUUUGGAGAGAGCCAUGCGGCAACACCGACAGGCCAGGGCUCGCAAGACAUGCACCGGUUACAGCGCAUGGCCUCGGGCACCAAUUUAAGGAUUCUGAAGCGAGCACAGUCGCAGCAGCCGCCGCAGCAGCAGGUGCAGCAGCUGCCACAACAGCCGCCACCAGGCGCUGCUGACUUUACGCCAAACUUCAACUCGUGGACAAACUUCUCAUUCACCAAAAACUUUAUAGCAAAUGUGUUUUGCUAAACCUUUCAUUUCAAAACUUUUAGUGACCAUUCAUCUUUAAAAAAUUCUCAUAAAAUGCAUUUCCCAGCGAAAAACUAGGUUACAGGGAACUCUCG